UUAUUUUAAUGUUUUUUUAAAGUGAGCACCCAUUUUCUAUACCAAAUUCCCUCAAUCUCUCCUCCUCCCCCAAAUCUGCAAAACCCUAGUUAUAUAUCAACACCGACAAUAUCUCCAAACCUCUCACUCUUCAAAUCAAUCUCGAUCCAAAGAAUGGCCACAAAACCCUUUGAGGAUUCCAAUUCAAGCUCAAAAAAUGGCAUUGGCGUUGACGAUUUGAAGCUCGGAGUGAGUUCUGAAGCAGCGAUUGAUGAUUCAGUAUCGAAUUCAGAUGCUGAUGGUGGGUUAGGGAGUAGAGGGAAGAGAAUUAAGGAAAAAUUGGAGACAGAGCUGAGUCCUACUGAGUUGCAAGUCGAAGAUGUAUCGUAUCAACACGCAGGGCAUGCUGGUGUGAAGGGCAGUGAUGGUGAGACUCAUUUUAAUGUGAAAGUGGUGUCAGUGGAGUUUGAAGGGAAGAGCUUAGUGAAGAGGCAUAGGCUGAUUUAUGGGUUGUUGCAAGAUGAAUUGCAGAGUGGACUACAUGCUUUGUCGAUCGUUGCGAAAACACCAUCCGAAGUUUGAUAUGUAGCCGUUCGUGUUAUGCUUACUUAGAGAAUGAUUGGAUUCUAUGCUGGUACGUGAUGAUUUUUUCUUGGAGGAAGUUCUUGUUUUUUGUUUGGGUGACAAGAAAAGCAAAGAACUUUCAUUGCAAUCACCUAGAGGAAAGGAAUAGAGGUCCCUGGUUCAGACAAAGUCCAGUCCUUUGAUUUUCUUGUGCAAAAAAAUUCCUCGUGAUAAUUGAUAAGUUUUCAAGAUCAUAGUGUUUUAAUUUGUUGUUAGUAAUUUUUUAUUUAAUAGACUGUUAUGGGUUUUUGGAUGCAA